CGUAGAGUCGCGCUGAUAGGACGCGUCUGCGCAUGCGUAAAUAGGCUUUAACGUGAGCCAUGCUUAGGUUGUGAUAGGUGUAAAUUGAGUAUUUCUGUCUCUGUUACCAAUGUAUUAGUUAAUUUAUAAUGAGCAAAGCAAUACAAAGAAGCCAAAAACUCAAGAAGAAAUCAAAAACAUAGCUGUGAUGGAAUCAAAAGUGGAUGUCCUGAAGAAGACCUAUUUAUCUGAAUUAUGCUCCAAAUAUUCUGAAAAACCAUGGAGCGAGACCUUUCAGCUGGUGCACAGAUGCAUGGGGAAAGCUAGAACACACAGCAGGGACUCCGAGCCAGUCAUGAGAUGUCUGCAGAAACUCCAGGAAGCUCAGAAUGUGAAAUCUCUGAGUGCCAUGGUGUCCAGACUGGAGAUGAUUGCCAAGCAGAAAGGACUGGGCUCCCACUUGAGUCCCACAGAGACUGCGUGCUAUCUGACAGCUGAUCUGUUCUAUGUGGAAGUGCUGCUGCUGCCUGGGGGAGAGGUUGAGGAUGUGAAAGUCGCUAAGCAAGGAGAAGCUCCUGAGUCAAAUGCAUCACUUUGUCAGAUGCUAAGGUUGAAGAAAUUUCAGGAAUUCUCACAUAAAAUGGAUGACCUUGCUUCUCUCUACAACAUACCAGGCGACAGUGAUGCCAAACUAAAGGUGUACACAUCCCUUCAGCACCUUAAGAAAGACCUACUGAAAAUCUCCAAUUUACCAAGGCAUUUGAUAGAGAGUGAUGCUCAUGUGGAUAUGGUUCUGAAUGGCAGGAUCGGGAGUAUUACACCUGGCAGUGAAGGAAGCCCAAUGAGCAUUGAGUACUACAUCAGUCCCUCAGAUGCACUGAUAGAGAGGUUACAUCCAGGGGAGGGCAGCGGUAGCCAGACUGCCGUGCUAGUGGUGGGUGCCAGUGCCACUACACGCAGGUUGCAGAUGGAGUCUCUGAUUCCUACACCACCUCAAGUGAACUCACAAGGGCUACCUGCUUUCAUUCCACUGUCCGAAACAUGUUCAGAGUUGCUGCCAGCCUCCUUCCUGCUCAAAAUCAAGCCACCAGUGCCCAUGCUCAAUUCUUUCAUCCACAAGAUGAGCCAAAUAACAGACAUUCCCCCAGAUGUUGACCUGCAGGGGGAGCCACUUUUCCAGCUGCUCUGUUCAAAUGCUCUAGAAGACAAGAGAUCAUGUGAUGGAAAUGAUGCUCACUUUCUUGUGUCUCUCCCAGAUGCUGAGUUUCACAGCUAUUUAUUUGCUGAUGCUGAAUGGAAGUGUGACGUCUGGAAAGGAUCCCUGAUUCACAAAAUUCCUUUCACCCAUCCUUCCCACGUGCCUGCUAUAUUAGAUCUCCUCCGGUAUCAGUCUGCCAUCAACACCCUACUAAGAAGCUGCAUCACUGGCCUUAUGCAUCAACCAGAGAUAGAGUUUGACCUUAGCUGUGAAAUCUUACCCGAGUCUGAAUGCAGCUUUUCUGUGACCUUCAACAUCCUGGACAGUGAGACACUGGCAGUUUUGCUUGUUUCUGUGCUGGAUUGUCGUCAUCUGAGCUGCAGGCUCCGAAUGCCUGGUCCAGUGGAUCAUUCUCUAGAUGACUAUAUCUCCAGAGUCCUCACACGGUGCAUGUCUAUCCCCAUCACUUUAAGGGCUAUACGAAAAAGGAUAACCAGCUUGAGGCCUCCAGCACUGCCACUUGAAUCUGAUUCUGCUAGGAAGGCUGAGAGUUCAUUCUCUAUCCCGGCACAUUCUCCUGAAAACACUCCAGUGGUCCUCCCUUCUGCUGUGCUCUCCCCUGAGCCAAUGGAGGAGGACAAGCUUCCCACUACCUCUGGCCGCUAUGUCAUGUCUGUAGCUGCUGCUCCGGCAGUUGAUGGUGCUAAUACAGAUGUUAUUGCUAACCGUUCCCCAUGUGCCUCUGUGGGUGUCUAUUCACACUGGGUGGCCAGCAGCUUUCCAGCUAAACUGAUUUAGAAUAGU